GAGAUGUUUCGUGCGCUGAUUUGGCAGAAAUGGGCUCAAUACACGGUUCGAGAGCCUUCCUGAACAUAGGUUGCUUGCCGUUCCAGCCUGCCGUCCGCCGCGGCUUAAAUACCAGCAUUCCUAAAUUUUAUCUCUUUCCUUGCCACUGUCAUCGUCUUCAACCAUGACUCCUGCCAACAGCGACACGACUAAUUAUGAUGAGACAUGCCCUCUCCUACCCGAACAAAAUGUUGAAUCCCAAAAGGCAGCUAGACCAGCCGUCACUCCCGUUCCAAAAGCUCAGCUCGCUGCUCUCUGCACAGUCAGGCUGGUUGAUCCUAUUGCUUUUACCCAGCUCUUUCCAUAUGUAAACGAGUUUAUGAAUGACUUACACCUCACCAAUGAUCCUUCUAGAAUCGGAUUUUACAGCGGGCUGGUGGAGAGUACUUUCGCUCUAUCACAAUUAUGUUCCAUAUAUCAGUGGGCUCGCGUUUCAGAUAUAAUUGGUCGUCGUCCUGUUGUGCUCUUGGGGACUUUGGGUGUAGCGGCGACUACGAUCAUGUUUGGUCUUUCGAAGACCCUCGCGAGUGUGUUGAUCGCUAGAUUUUUAGGCGGUUUAUUCUCCGGAAAUAUUGCCGUUGUACAUUCGGUUCUGUGCGAAAUCACCGAUUCUUCAAACCAGGCCGUUGCGUUCCCUAUUUACGGUCUCAUGUGGCCUCUUGGUUCUAUCAUCGGUCCUUUACUCGGUGGGACCUUCUCUCAUGGCGCGACAAAGUAUCCUCAAUAUUUCGACUACCAAAUAUUCAGGGAGAAUCCUUAUUUCCUUCCCUGUUUGAUAGCCAGUAUUAUCGCCGCCAUAGGUAUCGUUUUGGGUUACUCUUUUCUGGAGGAGACCCUUCCUAGCAAACGUCAGAAGAAUGAGAAAAAAGGUCCUAAUAACAUAAGUGGCUCUGAUAAUGAUGUGGUGUUGAACGAAGAGCAGCCCAUGAGCGUAGGGGCUCUCAUGUCCAAACCAAUAAUAUCUGCUUUGGCGAGUUCCGGAUGCGCGCUGAGUUUUAUUGCCACUUCCUUUGACGUCGUUUUUGUUCUAUUCUGCUAUUCUCCUAUUCUAUCCGGGGGUCUAGCUUUCUCGGCAUCCCAAAUCGGCUACUCUCUCGCUACGGCUGGUGCCAUUGCAUCAUUUAUCCAGCUGUUUAUCAUGUCGUAUCUCUUGCGCACAUUUGAUUGCGCCAAAAUGUACAAUUUCUGUAUGGGGAUAUGGCCGUAUACCUUUGCAAUCCUACCACUGCUCAACAUCAUAGCUCGCAGUGGUUUGGAUAAGACAACAGGCCUGCUAUCCACUCCGACGGUUGCUCUGCUUUGGUCUGGCAUUGCAUGCGUACUCGCAAUGUCAAAAAUAGGUGCUUUGGCAUACUCUUUGAGUAUGAUCCUUGUGAAAGAGAAUGCACCGAAUGCAGCAUCCUUAGGACAAACCAACGGUAUCGUUCAAUUUGCGAUGUGUUUUGCUCGCUCUUUCGCUCCAUUUUUAGUCAGUUCGCUUUUUGCCCUUUCAAUAGAUAACAACCUGCUCGGUGGCUACCUUUGGGUGGUGAUCAUGAUCGUCGUUGCUUUCUUAGGCAGUUCCAUAUCGUACAGGAUUUCUAAACACAGCAAAUCUACCCUCGCAUCUUAAAAAAUUUGCUGCUUGAGAGGCGCACAUCCAUUACCCGGUCCACCCAUGAAUCAUCAUACCCGAUGUUAUGACCAUGUCACGACAGGCAAAAGUUUUUUGCCAGGUUUUUUUUCUGAUCUCUUCUUUUGUUUUGUUUUCCCUUGGGCUUUUUUUCUGCAUUAACUUAUCAUCCGUCUUCGGAUUUUCUAUCGGUCUGUCAUACACGUAACAAAAGGAAAAAUGAGGAAUUAAAAUGUAUAUGAAUGUUCUUUAAAUAUAUUGAUACUCUGAAUGAAAAUUUCAUUUUAAACGAAAACUAUAUAUACAGGUCCAAAGCAUCUCAAAGCUUGGUUGUUUCGUGCUUUGGUUCACCCAAUGCAUAUAAAGCCUCGAGUUCAGCCUUGUACUUGGCGAAGGCAUCUUUACGUCGUAACUUAA